AUGUGUGGACUGGAUAAAUACCCCCAAAUGUCUGCUACUUCGGAUUUAAAAUCCAUACCGCCUACUACAGCAGAUCAUAUGGAAGAAGUGAAUAUCGGAGAAGAAGAAUCUCAUUCUUCAAUCAAUUCCUUUGCCAAAAGCAUAGAACAAGCAUGUGAUUCAUGUCGCAAACGCAAGCUAAAGUGCAGCAAGGAAUACCCUAGAUGCUCCAAAUGUAUUAACCAUGAUCGCAAGUGUAACUAUUCUCCAAGAGUCGUGAGAUCACCUUUGACUAGAGCACAUUUAACUUCUGUUGAAAACAGAGUGAAACUGUUAGAGGCUUUAGUAUAUUGGUUAGUUAAUGGGGAUUAUGACGUUGACGAUUUGUUGCAUCGUGAUCAUUAUGUCAAAGCUCUUGAGCCUCAUAGAACCGCAUUAAUCAAUUUACCAGUGACGGUGGAUGGUGAAAAGAGUGAAAUCUCAUCAAGCCAUGGUGUUGGAAAUUCGGUAGUGGCUUCGCCCAGUUCUAAAUCUCCGGGUUCUGAUGAUGGUAACCCCGAUACUUCAAAAUCUAUUUCUUCAACAGCUACCAACUUAGGUACUAAGACGGCCAUAAUUAAGAAAGAAGAAAGUGAGAGCAAAUAUUCAUCCUCCAAUAGUCAAACAAGUGGUGAUACCAUUAAGAAUGAACAAACUUUUAAAUCAAUUCAGAGCCUACAAGAAAUGCUGUUACAAAUGAUGAAAACAAGAACUGUUAAGAAGCCAACAGUUGUACCUGAAGCGCAUCAAACUUCCAAUAGCAAUAGCAGUACUGCACCCAACCUGCCCCAAUUCUCCAUCUAUUCAUCUGUCACUGCUAACCAUGAAGAUGUAAGUCAUAUGAACCGUUCAUUAACUAACUCAACUGUACACAUGAGUGAUACAGAGUUUGAUAAGUUGAAACAGGAUGUCAUUAUGGAUUUUACUUUGAAUAAUAUUCAAGUUUCCCCAAGUGUUAUGGUGGGUUCAUCAUCAUCAAUGUCAGAACUAUCUCAAUUGACCUCUUCCAACACUUCGGUUUCCACAUGUGCUUCUAUGCUUAAUGGAACUGUUUCUCGAAAAUCUAUAAACUCUACACCCUCUGUCUUAUCACUCCAUGAGUUCGCCUACGAUGACGUCACUACCGACGAUGAAUUAACUCAACCUAUCGUGAAAAAACAACGCAUUAAUCCUAUGCCUACCAUCAACAGUAUGGGUACGUCGAGCCUACUUGGCUCGGGCAUUGUUCCUACCUCGGAAGAGAUCAAGGCUGAAUUUGAUCCAUUUGAUGCAUAUGUUCUCAAUGAAGAGUACUGGGAUUAA